AAAAUAAAAGAAUUGGAAGAAAAACUAAUAACACUUCAGCGCGAGAAGAUUGCAACCUCGUAAGAGAAACUAUUCAUAGUAUGCAAGCUAUUAUGUGGUGUGCUUCCGAUAUAACUAAUAAUUUUUGUAAUGCAGAUCUUCAUCAACUACAAAGCGACGUUUUUCCGAUUUGGAUAAUUAUGAAGAAGAUUCGGGAUUACCUUCCCCCAUCAUCCUUUGCACUUAUUAAUAAUCUCAUUAAAUAUCAUGAUAAGGAUAAGCAAUUACUUAUUCACUGUCCUCCAGAAUGCGUUGGCCCACCGGUACAAGUUUACCAUGAUGUUUUCAAUCAGUUUCUGCGUGACUAUCAUAACAAAGAUUUAGAAAUGGGAAAAGAACAUUAUCAAUGGACUCUUGAACUCAUCUAUGAAAUGGCAAAAAUGUAUCAGAAUGAAUCUGAGCGUUCUAAAAAAUUUAGAGAAAAAUUUCGACAAUUGUUCGACGAAGAUUUAAAAAUAAUUCGCCUAGAUGAUGAUUCUUCAAAUGAUGGUACAUUGGAAUGUAAUUACCAUUCAUUGAGUGUAUUACGCCUACUUACUGAGAUAAAAAAUGAAAUUGGUACUGGCAAAUGUGAUCCGACUACCCAGGCUGGAGAGUAUUAUGGAUCGCUAGAUGCACCUUCAAAUCCACAAAAUUCACAGCGGUUUUUUCCUUAUCCGAAUCGAUACAAACAACAGGAUAUAACUAUAGAAUUUACAUAUGAAAAAAAGCUUGUAGAUCAGCCAGACAAGCUUCUUUGGAAAGCUAUAACAAAGGACGGGCGGGAGAUUGUUGUGAAAUUCACAUGGCGUUAUAAUCAGAGGGCACACGAAUUGUGUAGCGAAAUUGGAAAAGCGCCAAAAUUACUCUACAUUAACAAAGAGGUGGUGGAUGGUUUUUAUAUGGUAGUGAUGGAUUAUGUUAAGGCCAAGCCACUUUACAACUGCGGUAGCUCACUCACUCAUGAUGAGUGUAAAACGAUUUUUGAGGAUAUCGAAGAAGCUAUCAGUAAAUUACAUAAGGAAAAUAUCGUCUUUGCUGACCUCCGUGAUUCCAAUAUCUUG